GCGCGCCGCCUUCAUAUAGUCAUACGCACCGGUCAAACGUACACGGUCGUUCCGCGUGCGGUUAUCGUCCGUUUUUUUUUGGGUUUUUUUCCGUUUUUUAUUUUCCAUAUUUUUUAAAAACAAAUAAAUUCAUCUUCGCACCCCAUAGUGGAAACCCAAAAAAAAUCGUCGUCGUGAGACAGUGCCCGUGUCGAGUAUUAUUGUAUACGAUAUUAUUAAUAAUAAUAUCGCGUUAUUAUUAGGAUCGUCGUUGUCACCUAUAUAUCAAUAUUACAUACACCUUAUAUUUAUAUAAUUGCUGUAUAAUAUACGCGCAGUGAUAAUAUUAUUAUUAAUUUUUUUAUUAUAAUCGCAAUUGUGCCGUUGCCGAGACACAUUCUCCGUGCGAGCAUCCGUCGCGCGCGCGAGUUCGUCCGUGUUUCCGUCCGUCCGUUAAGCUGGAGGGCUUACCCGCAGUGGCCGGCGGAGAGGGGCUGAGGCUGGCCACGGCCACCAGCGCCCAGUACCGUCGAGUCGACGACGAGUCAAAGCUCGCGCACAAGUUCCACCCGGCCGGGUUCGAAUUCUACCGGAACCUGCACAAGUUCCACAACCUGAACAACAACAACAACCACAGCAGUAAGAACAAUAACAACAACGACUCGCCGCCCUCAGAGAAGGCGGCUGCCGCGGCCGCUGCAGCCGCGGCCAUGAUCCUGCAACAGCACCACCGGAUCGGCGGUCUGCUGGCCGGACGGCGGUCGUCGUCAUGCGACGUCACCGCCGCCACAGCCGCGGCCACGGACCAGCAGCCGCUCGAUCUCAGCUCGCUGUCCGUGCCCAAGUACAACAACGGUGGCCGGGCGCAUCCGUACUUUGCGCACCACCACCACAACAGCCAUCACAACCGGGUGGCCGGCGGACACCAGCCGUCGUCCGCAAAGUCGACGGUGCCAUCGCCGCCCCCGAUGGCCCUGAUGCGCGCCGUCCACGCGGCCGUUGGUUCGUCGUCCGACGACGAUGACGACGACGACGACAACGAAGACGACGAAGACGACGAACGCGGAAGCAUCGGCGGCAGGAGGAGUCGUGGCGAUCAGUCGUCGCCGCUGCCGCCGCCCACGCCCAACGAAAACGACACUUCAGACCGACUGAUGAACCUCGAACACAAAUUCUACUGUCGAGAUGGUAUUGAUGCCCAAAGUAUGAAAAGUGAAAAGUCUCAAUCACCAGCUCCAGAAGAAGAUGAUAAUGGUGAUGAGGAAAGGGUGGAAGAUAUCGUUGAUCACAGCGAGGACAGUACUGGAAGUGAUUUGUUGCUCAACUCGGAUGGAUCACCAGAUAGAAUUGGAGCAUUAAACUUGGUUUCGCACAGACAUUCAGGUAGCUCUUCGAGCUCAGGCGUUAGCAGUACCGGACCAUCAGGAAAUUGUUCAGCAAAUGUAACAAGUGGAAGUGAUCCAUUAGCUGCACUACAAAGUCAGCAAUUCGCACAGAUUCCUGGAUUAGGAGUUUUAUCACCGCAAAGCAAUCCAUUGAUCGGAAGCCCUCCGGGCGGCCAAUCUUCUCUAACACCUCAAGAACUUCAAGCACUUUUUCAGCAACAGAUUCAAUAUUUAUUAAUGAGGCAGUCUACAGCAACACAUCAGAACCAGACUCCAUUUUUUUUCCAAAAUCAAGUCCAUCAAGCAUUGACUCAAGCAUCACUUCAACUACAACAGAUCCAACAGGCUCAAAAUAUGACUAACAACCAUCAGCAUUCUCCAGUUGGCAAUGGUCCUAAUCAGUCGAUACGUCCAGCUGCUUCUUCAACACCAUCCCAUCAUUCUAAACACUCCGCUCAGACCCAAUCAUCUAAUAAUGACUUGGAUCUAUCUGCAGCAGCUGCUCUAAGCCGGCUGGCAGAAACCAAAACUAGCACUGAUGAUACCACCGAUCUCGAAGAAUUAGAACAGUUUGCUAAACUCUUUAAGCAAAGACGCAUCAAAUUAGGUUUUACUCAAGGUGAUGUAGGCCUUGCAAUGGGAAAACUGUAUGGCAAUGAUUUCUCUCAAACAACAAUAUCUAGGUUUGAAGCUUUGAAUUUGUCUUUUAAAAACAUGUGCAAGUUAAAACCACUGUUGCAAAAGUGGCUUGUAGAUGCUGAUAGUACAAUGACCAAUCCUAGUGCUUUGUGUAAUCCUCUGACAACACCAGAAGCAAUCGGAAGACGUCGCAAGAAACGCACGUCCAUUGAAACAUCUAUAAGAUAUUCUUUAGAAAAAGCAUUUAGAGCAAAUCCUAAGCCUACAUCCGAAGAAAUAUCUGUAUUGGCUGAUAACCUAUCCAUGGAAAAAGAAGUGGUGCGUGUAUGGUUCUGUAACCGUAGGCAAAAAGAGAAACGCAUUAAUCCACCAACAACAACUAUGGCUGGUCAAACCACAUCUACCAACACAGAUAUGUUUACUGCUUCAAUGUCAGUACAAAACCAGAGUGACAUGUUUCCCAUGCUGACUUCUCCAGGACAUCCACUAGCACUUGUAUCUUCCCCAUCCAUUGGGGGUCAUCAUCACCAUCACCACCAUCAAAAUAACAGUGAGUGACAUUGGUCCAUCUCAUCGUCCCUAAACAAUGGAUUUGAUGAGCUCGGCCAACGUAGAUAUUUCAGGGCUCCUAUUGAUGGCAAAUUAUCACUCUGUUAGUCACAUAAAAUUUUCUAUUGACUUUCAUACUGAAAAUUAGCAACAAUUCCUAUGUAAAACAAAUAAUUAAAAAUAAAAACAAUUAAAAGAUCUAUCCUCGCAAUACUUAAUUAAGUAAAUCAACUAUGAUUUAAUUUAUUACAAUAUAAUGUUUAUAUUAUAGUAUAUGUAUACUUAUAUCUGUUUAUAAAUAGUUUGUACAUACAUUUAUUAUUUUGCAACAAACAAAGAAAUAGUGGUUAGUAUUUUAAUAAUUAAUCAUACUUAGUAGGUAACUUAAAUUUAGAUAAGUAUUUUUUUUUUUUGAUCUGUUGUAACAAUGUUAGUGAAAUAUUUCAUUUCUUUUCAUAUUGUAAAUAGUAACAUUAAAUUUGGGGAUUAAUCAAAAUAAUGUCAUUGUCGGUCUGAAAAUCAAACUUUUUAAGUAUUUUUUUGUGCUAACAAGCGCUCUUUCUUUUGUUAAUUAAUUUAUAUGUAAGUAUUUUUUUUUUUUUAAUGUGUUUCUCGAUAAAACUGUUUUAGUGACAGUUCAUACCUGUAAGUGAUUAUAUUAAUCUGAAAAUUGUAUUAACUAUAGUAUUAAAAUAUUCAGUCUUAGAAAACCACCAAUCGAGAACAUUAUGUAUGUUAAAUUCGUUAUCAUUUUUCAUUGUUACACCGUUGCAGGUGGUGGUUUUUUUGGGAUUAAAUACACUCCGACAGUGUCAAUGAUGUUAAAAUUAUACAAAUUCAUAACCUGGAGACUUGAAAAAAGUACAAUUUUUUUUUUUUUGAAGAAUUUUAAAUAUAAUGAAACAUUUAAGGAGACAAUAACAAUUUUCAUAGUUCAUUGUUUGCUGUGUUUUAUUAGUAUGACUUUAUAACUCAAACCUAUAUAUUAUAAAUAAUACAUUUUGGCUUUUUUUAAAUCUGUUCAAUUCAAUAAACUAAAUUCAAAAUCAAUAAUUAUCGGUUUUUGGGUCCAUUCACAGCAUAUGAAACUUUUUUUUAAAUUCACAUAUCAUUCAAAUCCACCUUUUUUUAUUCAUUUCACAAAAGUUCCUAAAGUCUUGCCUGUAAGGCAAUUGUGUAGUUAUUAAUCAAUUCUUAUCAUAUUUUAAGUCCUAGUGAUUAUUUGCCAGUUAUUAUUUUGAAAUGAUUUCAGUAAGUUUACCAUAACCUAAACAAUAACCAUGGCUAGGAAUACAAGGAAUUCCAAGGAACAAAUCAAUAUCGGUUUGGUUCCAACAAAUU